UCUCACAGUUAGUGGAGGUAAAUUCAGGUCGUUACAGCUCAACUGAUGCUUCCUAAGAUGCAGGGUGUAGCCUGUGUGUCAGAAAGCUCUUUUAGUAGUCGGUGAGAUUAAUUCAAGUCAGGAAAAAAGACUUUCUGUGUCUUUCCACCAAACACCAGGUUGCUUUGCCUCGCUGUGCUUUGAGAGCAUCUGAAGGUGAAAUUCUUAAAGGAGAAUUUUCAUUUUGUAUGUUGCUUUAUGACAAGCUAGUUGCUCAGAUUUUUUACUUCUCUCUACUCUGAGCUACACACAACACUGCCUUUGAAUUGUCAUGUAUCUUUGGGCAGUUUCCAAAUAUUUCUAUUCUCUGGACAACUGCAGAUUCCAUGGGACUGAAGGUAGGAAUGUAUCCCAGCAGAGACAGCUGCACUACUACCCUGCAAUUAGAAGGUUGCAGGAGACCGCGAGAGUCAGUGCUGGCGUGUUCCAGAGUAAAGAACGUGGAAGUCCUGCUGCUGCUGCUUCUUCGCCUCCCGGCUGUUCCCGGGCUGUUCCCGGGACGGGUGCCGCGUCCUUGUGCCCUGCCUCCGUCCGCGGCAUGCCCGGGCCGUUGCCUCCCACAGAGCUGUACGCCUCGGAGCGGGUCGUCGUGCUGGUCUCCUGCGUGCUUUCCUUCGUGGGUUCCAGCCUCCUGGUUUGCACCCAUGCCCUGUGGCCGGAGCUGCGGACCCGUCCCCGCCAGCUCCUGCUCUACCUGUCGCUGGCGGACCUCCUCUCGGCCCUCUCUUACUUCUACGGGGUGCUACAGGACUUCGACAAGACCUCGUGGGACUGCGUGCUGCAGGGCGCCCUGUCCACCUUCUCCAACACCAGCUCCUUCUUCUGGACCAUGGCCAUUGCCCUUUACCUCUAUAUCACCAUUGUGAGGGGCUCGCCCACAGGCACGGGCUUGCUCUGCUGCUUCCAUGUCGUGAGCUGGGGAGUCCCUCUUGGCAUUACGGUGGCGGCUGUUGCUCUGAAGAAGAUUGGCUAUGAUGCCUCCAAUGUUUCUGUGGGCUGGUGUUGGGUCAACUUGGAUGCAGAGGAUCGGGUCUUGUGGAUGUUGUUAACGGGGAAAGUUUGGGAGAUAUUGGCCUAUGUGACUUUGCCGGUGCUCUACAUUCUCAUCAAGAAGCACAUUAAUAGAGCGCACGCAGCGCUCUCAGAGUAUCGCCCCAUUCUCUCAAGAGCACCAGCAUUGCAGCCCCGGACUUCCAUAGCAGACAAGAAGUUGAUCCUCAUCCCUGUCAUUUUCAUCAUCCUCCGCAUCUGGAGCACUGUACGGUUCAUUCUGACCCUCUGUAACUCUCCUGCAGUGCAAAAUUCAGUCCUGGUUGUCCUGCACGGAAUUGGUAACACGUUCCAAGGAGGUGCCAACUGUAUUAUGUUUGUCCUUUGUACGCGGGUGGUCCGGACUCGGCUGUUUUCCUCCAUUUGCUGUUGCCACUAUGAUGAGUUGGAUUGGCCUUUGCAAAGAUCAGACAGCUACUGGCAGCGCCCAGAACCCCGCAAGGACAAGGAUGUGCCAGGCCCUGAGCGGACGAAACCCCUGCUUUCCAGCACCUGAGCCUGGGCUGUCUACAUCUCAGUGUUGAUUUCUUCUUUUUUGGGUGCAGGAUCAUCCCAGAGUCCCACGGAGGGAGCUGAAGCCUGGGGAAAAGCACCGCUGGAGUGGCUGAGCAAAUGGAAGAGGUCGCAGUCCUCCUCGACAUUCAGAUACCAGCUGCUUUGGUCUUGAACUUUGCUCAGGAUCCUCUGGAAGAUACUGUUUGGCUGUAUCCCAACUUCCUGAUCUUCUUUCUUCCCUCCUUCCCCUCUCCCUCCACUAUAAAUCUUAAAAAUUG